AUGGCCUUCUUCUUCACGCUUCUGGCGUCACAAUCCCAAUCCGAGUUCAACAACGGCGAUUUUCAUGUAACUGUCCGUGUCGGCGAAUUUCCACCAACAUACGAGACCGUCGAGAUGGGUGACACCGAUUUCGACAUUGAUUUUUACGGCGACGCCGAGGGCGAUGCCAACGAGCAAACCAACGACCAGCCUCACCAGGAUGAGCGCCGCCAAAGCGGUGGCGAUUCGCGAGAUAGCUACGACUAUCGCGGUCGAGACGACAGACAAAGAGACGACGAACACGAAGACGAUCGCCGUUACGAGAGCGGCCGCAGUGAAGAUGUCGAGGAGCCCCGCCAACAGCAACAGCAACAGCAACAUCAACAGCAGUCGCAACAGCAGUCGCAACACCAUGGGGUCAAGAGAAAAUCGGAGGAGCAGGAGCCCAACGAUCGGCCCAUCGACAAUGGCGCCACGGCUGCCAUUAUGAUUUCCGAGCUCAACUGGUGGACGACCGAUGAUGAUAUCCGAGGCUGGCUUCGAAAGGCCAACUGCGAGAGGGAAGUCAAGGAGCUCACCUUUAGCGAGCACAAGGUCAACGGCAAGAGCAAAGGCCAAGCCUACGUCGAGUUCCACACGCGCCAAGCUUCCACCGCCGCGAAGCGCUACAUCGACACUGUUGCAUCAGAAGGUGUGCAGCCCGGCCAGAAGAAGAUGACCAUCUCCUACUGGAACCCUGGCGUCAACCCCUUCAGGACCCUGCCAAAGGACGCCCCGGCCCGCGUUAAGGAGCAGCCGCGAGCGGCUCCUUCUGGAUCCUACAGCGACCGAGGCAACUACGGAGGUUUCCGCGGCCGAGGAGGCAUGGGCGGAAACCGAGGCGGCAUGAAUCCCAACUUCAACCGGAGCUAUGGCGGAAACAUGGGCUACAACAAUAACAACAUGGGAGGCGGCGGCGGCUUCAACGGCCCAAUGGGCGGAGCCUCCGGCGGCGGCGGUACUCAUUACGUAUUCAGUGGCCGAAGCAGCCCCGGAGGGCCCAUGAGAGGCGUUCAGACCAUCAUUCGCGGUAGAGGCGGAGGCGGACCUGGCGGCGGCAUGAUGGGUAUGAACCCCAUGGGAGGCAUGGGCAUGGGCAUGCCCGGCAACAUGGGUAUGGGAAUGAUGGGCGCCGGAAUGCCAGUCAUCAUUUCACCUGCGGGCUUGGACGAGAAAGAGAUACAAGAGGCGAUGCUUCGAAAGCAGAAGGCACUUCAGGAACAGCAGCAACUUCAGGAGAGGCAGUACCCCCUGGAAGAGGCGCCUAGGCAGCACUUUGAUGAGCAGCAGCUUGCAAAGCAGCAAGCCCAGGAGCAGCACCCUGAGAAAGUCCAGGCUCAAGUGAGUAUUCAAGCUGGAGAGGAAGACCGCGGCGACGACAAUAUCCUCGCCCAGCAAGUGCCAGAGGACGUGGAGAUGAAGAAUCCACCGCAGCAAGUGCCGCCACAGCCGCAAGUGCCGCUUGGGCAGAACCCUCCAGUCAACCCAGCGAGCUUGAGGCAAGCGGUGUUUGCCGCUGGAGCACUGGCUCCAUUUGCGGCCCGCUUGCAAGAAUACGGGCGGCAUUACUAUUCCGGUGCCAUUGGUGCCGGCUUUCAGGGCAUGCCUCCCAACUUUCCAGGCGGAUUCGGCUUCGGACAGCAGGGCGGCGGCGGUGGCGGAGGUAAUAACGGUGGUGACUGGGGCAACCCUCACGGUGCAAAGCGACCUCGUCCCGAGUAA